AGUGCGCUUGGAAGUGUAUUGUACCUCCAUGCUGCCUCCCCUCUCUCUGGUACUGCUAACCACAAUGGCCAGGCUCGUCUGAGGGAGCUGCCCCUGUCAGUUCGGCACAGACGCGCCUCAGCAGCGGCAGCAGCGGCGGCGGCGCAUUCACUGAGACACCGACACCGAGACGCUGCUGGAGGAAUAUAUGACACAGAUCUGAGCCAGAAAAAAGAAGGUCAAUGUGGCUACAAAAGCAGCUCUCUGGAGUAGUUGUCAGUCGUAGUGGAUUCCUGAGGUCCGUCUCUAUAGCAACCCACUCCUCCUCCUGAGUACCGCUGCCAACUCACCCUCCCUGCCACACGACGAAUCUCUCCUCACUCCCCUCCUUGACCAAUCGGGCAGCACUGAACUGCGUUGGAAUGGACACUGAGUCGACCCACUCGGGCUACUCCUACCACUCCAGCCGGUCCGGGAGAUCAAACCGACAUGGGGAUCGAAGCCGCGAGCGACACAAGGCCAGCAGCAGCAAAGAUAGCAGUCGCUCUGAGAGGUCAGUCGUCAUCAACCCACCCGACACCCCGUCCCAGGAAUCCCCCGUUCACAACGGAGAACCACUGCCAGGAGAACCAACACCAGCAGAAGCUCCUGGAGAUGACGGCCAGGAUGAUAACUGGGGGGAAACCACCACCGCCGUCACAGGCACCUCGGAGCUCAGUAUUUCCCAGGAGGAAGUAGUUGGAUUGGGAAAGGGGAUACAGGACCGGACCCAAGGCUUCCGCCGCUAUCUUCCCCUGGCUGUGGGCUUGUGUGUGGGGCUGCUAGUGCUGGCCACGCCCUUGGUCUUCCUGCUUCUUCCGGCUGUCAUGUGGCCCGACAGACUCCAGGCUUGUGGUGCAGCCUGCGAGGGCCUCUUCCUCUCCAUCUCCUUCAAGCUCCUCAUCCUCCUGGUGGCCAUUUGGGCUUUGUUUCUCCGCCCGGGACGUGCCAGCCUGCCCAGAGUGUGCGUGUACCGUGCCUUCCUCACCACUCUCACGCUCCUGCUCACCAUGUCUUAUUGGCUUUUCUAUGGAGUCCGGAUCCUUGAUGCUCAGGAUGAGGACUACCACGGUAUCGUCCAGUUUGCCGUGUCCCUUGUGGACUCCCAGCUGUUUGUUCACUACCUUGCUGUGGUGCUGCUGGAGCUCCGUCACUUCAAGCCCUCCUACAGCGUGUGUGUCAUGCGCUCCACCGACGGAGAGACGCGUCACUACAACAUAGGACAGCUCAGCAUUCAGAGGGCCGCUCUCUCCAUUUUGGAGUAUUACUACAGGGACUUUCCUGUCCAUAACCCGGCACUUCUCUCUGCCUCAAAGCACCGAGCUGCCAAACACCUGGCUGGGUUAAAGGUCUACAACGUGGACGCCCCGGGGAGCACAGCAGGAGCACAGCCUGGUAAUGGGAAUCAGUCACGGGCCAUGGUUACAGCUGCCGCCAAACGCAAAGACAAUGCCCAUAAUGAGCUGUACUACGAAGAGGCCGACUACGAGAGAAGAGUCCGUAAACGUAGAGCUAGGCUGGUGGUGGCUGUGGAGGAGGCCUUCACACAUGUUCGACGGAUGAAGAAAGAGGACGAGCAAGCGUCGCCGUCUGACAUUAUGGAUGUGCGUGAAGCAGCUCUGGCUAUAUUUCCCUCUAUGGCUCGUGCCCUGCAGAAGUACCUCCGCACCACCAGGAGGCAGCACUGCCACAGCAUGGAGAGCAUCCAGAAGCACCUUGCUUUCUGCCUGGUCAAUAACAUGAGCCCUAAGGCCUUCCUUGAAGCCUACCUGUCCCCUGGUCCGACCCUCCAAUACGGCCCCGAGCGCUGGAUGGCUGACCAGUGGACUUUGGUCAGCGAGGCUUCUGUCACCAGCGGCAUAAAGGAGGGGACAGAGUUCCUGCUGAGGUGUCUAGACUUUAGCUUAGCUGUGACCGUCAAGGGCAUCCCUUACAUCCGACUGACUGAGGAGUACAUCGACGCCAAGUCUCACAAGUUUCUACUGCUGCUCCAAUCAGAGACCUCAGUUUAACAGUGACUCGGUGGACCAGUGCUGCUGAUCUGGACUCACAGGACUGUUCUAAUUAUCCAAUUGAAUUUUUCAGCAAAAAACAACAACAACAACAAAAAAAAGAAAAAUAGCUUUUUGUACUGUUUUUUGUACUUCUGUUUAUGUAAUCUUUGUGUCCUUGUCUUUGUCCCCGGUGAUAUGAAAGACGAUAACAGACAGAAAACGGGGAGAGAGCACGCUUGGCUUUUUCUCUGUCCUGACAUUUGCAGAACACAGUUCAGGUAUUCCUCUAUGCACGACAGAUGACCCCUCACUAAUGUUCUUCUUCCUUGAUUUGCAUGUGCCAGUGUGUGCCUGCGUGGGAAAGGUCAUGAUUUAGGAGGAGUGUGUGAUUUAGGGUGUGUGUGUGAGAGAGAGAGAGUGUUUUGAGUGUGUAGUGUACACCCGGGAUCUGUCUCAACUCGUCUUUUCUUUCUCCUUUGGCGUUACUAUAGUGACCAGGACAUUUGAUAUAACACCAAACCCUUUUCACCAAAACUGCUGUUUUUCAGUCUUAGCAAUGAUAAUUUAACUGUCCUGUAUUACAGAUGUAUGUACAGUAUUUAUAUGUGAAUAUACCUUAUCCCUUUACUUACCUUUACCUAUACUUUUUAUAUCAAAAUGUGCAUCGCUUGAAAGAUUUUUUUUAACUGUGUCAAAGACGCUUUUCUUUUUUUUACCUUUGUCUGUCUGCACUGUAUUUGUGGAGAUAACUGGACUGUAAAUAGACAAAAAUGUCACAAACGAAUCACUGGAGUCUCUCGGAGUGAACGCCAACCACAGCACAGCUGGAUAUAGAUAGUCUAGUCGAUAGAUUGUGAACAAACGCACGUGGCCGCUCAUUAUGUAUGUACAGGUAAUUGUGCGCGGUGGACACUGAUCUGUUCUUAUAGGUUAGCAGAGAGAGUUAAUGUUUGGACGUGUACGUGGUUCAUGUGGUUGACCUUUUUAUAUCUCAUGUUAAAGCUGUCGCCUCUGUUGCUGUUUGAUUUCGAAACAUACACCCCCCGAGUUUCAUCUUAAUUCAUCACGACGGGGGCCGUGUUAUUACAGCAGCUCUCUCUCUGCAUAACGUAAAUCCUGUCUGCCAACUGAAAUAUGCUCAGCUAUGAGCAUAAAACAUCAUCAUAACCAGAAGGAGUAUUUAUUCAGGAAAUCCCAAAAUCCCUCUUCAAAAUUAAUAGUCACUUAUCUCAUGCUGGCAAGUGUUUAAACAAGUGUUGAUAAUCGAUAAUUUAGUGUAAAACACUAAAUAUAUACAUACAUAAACAGCUCAACCCAGUGUCAGUAUUUCUGCUGUCAGUAUUUAUCUCAGUGUCACACUACUGCCACCUAUCUACAGCUACUGAAACAGGCACACUGUCCUGAGCGUCAAUCAAACUGUUCAUUCGUGUGAAUAUUUGACCUGAAUUUUUUUUAAAGCGUUUGUACUUAUGAGGCCUGUUAUGUUGUAAAUUUAUAUUUACACAAGUGUUACCGUGGUCACUGACAGUGUACAUGUAGUUUUGUUUAGGCUUUGUUUAGAGCGUUGAUGGUUGUAAAUAGUUCUUGACUACACAUGUGCCUCACUUAUACAUACACAUAUUUAGGACGUGUUUGGCAUACAUGUGCGGUUUUCAAGUGUGUGUGUGUGUGUGUGUGUGUGUGUGUGUGUGUGUGUGUGUGUGUGUGAGAGAGAGAGAGAGAGAGGAAAAAGGGAACAUAAUGAAGAAGAGAGAUCGCUUUCCUAAAUGUCAUGCAGCUGGUGUCUCGAGUUGUCCUUGUCUUCUUUUAUACAACAGAACGUGUAAAAUCACAGCUGCUGUGUCAAAGUCACAUUUGUAAAGAAAACAAUAAUAAUAAUAAACAAAUAUUUGUA